AUGGGGCUGGAAGAACAGCCGAUCGCGCCCGGGAAGCCGCUUCUCUUCAAGCUGAGGAAAGUUCGCAAGAGGCGGGAGAUGCUGCUACAACAGCUCGGCUUCAUCUGCGCGAUACUCUUCUUCGUUUGGUGCAUGUCCAGCCUUCUCUCCAAACUAGGACAAGAGUCACCUGCUGUCGACAAAAAUGUUCUGUCAGAAUUUUGGAGGAAUAGAAGAUUGAUGGCAUCAAAUAACGAGUCACAUGAAGCAAAGAACUGCACAGAGCCAGCAAUUCACGAAUUCCCUGAUGAUUUAUUCACGAACAAGGAAAGAAAGAAAGGAGCAAUAUUACUUCAUAUUACUGGUGCUCUGUAUAUGUUCUAUGCCUUGGCUAUUGUAUGUGAUGAUUUCUUUGUUCCAUCUCUAGAGAAAAUCUGUGAGAAACUUCAUCUGAGUGAAGAUGUUGCAGGAGCCACAUUUAUGGCUGCAGGAAGCUCAACGCCAGAAUUAUUUGCAUCUGUCAUAGGUGUGUUUAUAACUCAUGGUGAUGUUGGAGUUGGAACCAUUGUUGGUUCAGCUGUUUUCAAUAUCCUUUGCAUCAUUGGAGUCUGUGGAAUAUUUGCUGGACAGGUGGUCCGUCUAACCUGGUGGUCUGUAUCCAGGGAUUCUGUCUACUACACGCUGUCUGUGAUUGUCCUUAUUGUGUUUAUAUAUGAUGAAAAAGUUGUAUGGUGGGAAAGCCUUAUACUCAUCAUUAUGUAUGCAUUCUAUAUACUCAUCAUGAAGUAUAAUAUGAAGAUGCAGAAGUUCUUUACAAUCAAAAGCAUGAAUGUUGGGAAUGGCAACACUGUCAACAGUGAAAUGGAAGAUGGUAAUGAAUCUUAUGACAUUAGCUGUGGUGACCCUUCGAUGCCAUUGCUGUGGAAAGUGAGGGGAACACAACAGUAUGGCCAAAAUUCCGUUGUGAUGGUCGAUGAGAUUAUUUGUUCCAGUCCUCCAAAAUACCGCUUUCCUGAAGCUGGCUUGCGAAUAAUGAUUACAAACAAAUUUGGGCCAAGGACCAGGCUACGGAUGGCAAGCAGGCUAAUUAUUAAUGAGCGCCAACGACUAAUUCAUUCUGCUAAUGGCAAGCUGAUCCAGAAUGGGAAACAUGAGAAUAUUGAAAAUGGGGCCAUCCAUGUUGAUAACCAAGAAGAGGAGAAUGAACAUACCAACCUGUCACCAUUUUCUCUACCAGAUGGAAAAAUGGACAAAGUCAAAUGGAUUCUGACUUGGCCAUUGAUAUUCCUUCUGUUCUUCACCAUCCCAAACUGCAGCAAGCCACGCUGGGAGAAUUUUUUCAUGCUGACUUUCAUCUUAUCCACUCUUUGGAUAGCUCUCUUUUCCUACUUUAUGGUCUGGCUGGUUACAGUGAUUGGUUACACUCUAGGGAUACCUGAUGUUAUCAUGGGAAUUACUUUCCUCGCUGCAGGAACCAGUGUACCAGACUGCAUGGCCAGUUUAAUUGUAGCCAGACAAGGUCUAGGUGACAUGGCCGUAUCCAAUACAAUUGGCAGCAAUGUGUUUGACAUUCUUGUGGGCCUCGGCGUGCCCUGGGGUUUGCAGACCAUGGUGGUUCAUUACGGUUCAAACGUUAUGAUAAACAGCAAGGGACUAGUCUAUUCUGUUGUGCUUCUCCUGGGGUCUGUAGCUCUUACUGUUGCUGGGAUCCACAUCAAUAAAUGGAAACUUGAUAGAAAACUGGGCCUCUACGUGCUUGUCCUUUAUGCCAUCUUCUUGUGUUUUUCAAUACUGAUAGAGUUUAAUGUCUUCACUUUUGUCAACUUUCCAAUGUGCCGAGAAGAGGAUUGAAAGAAACUGCCGAGGGACAUCAUCUGGAUCUAUUGUGCUAUACCUGACAGGAGACAUCUUACAUUUCUACCUGCUUUUUAUCCAAACUCAGUGUCUUUCCUGCUUCAUCACCUUACAAGCACUUUUCCUUUACUUAGGAGGAAAACAGAAGAGUAACUGAAUAACAUGCAAGCUCAAGGCAACCAAAGCAUUUUCUUCUUUUUCCUCCUCUUUGGAUAUUACUGU